AAGACGGUAAAGAAAAUCCUCCUCUCCCUUGCCCUCCCCGAACUCGUCCGGGUCAAAUCCCUAAAUCGAUCCGUCUCCCGGAUCGCCUCCGACCCGGCCUUCCUCCGCGAAUUCAACGCCCUCUCCUCCUACGCCACGUGGCUCUUCCUCUACAAGAAGCGCAGCUGGCACCGCGACGCCGUCCUCCAGGGCUUCACUUCCGGGUCCUCCUCCUGGUUCCGGGUCGAGAUCCGCGACCCGAUCCGACCCGGCGGCGGGGAGAGCCUCUACUUCCUCACCGCCGCCGGGAACUUCUUCCUCUUCGCCUCCAAUUCACGGAAGGAAGUAAUCGCCGUCGACCUCGCCGCCCGAACGGCGAGGACGAUCCCGCCCAGCCCGCUCGGCCCACGUGGCACCUCGUCGUGGCGCCGGUCCGGCAUGAAAUUGGUCGUCUCUCGGUCGGACCGGAACAAAUUCCGGUUCAUGUUCAGGGAGCUCGUCGACUCCCGCCCGGUCCUCUUCCUCUACUCCUCUGAAACCGACACGUGGCGGUCGGUCGAAGCGAGAGAGGCACGUGGCCGAGAAUGGUCGGAUCAUAUUUUCCUCAACGUAUCCAACGGUCCGGAAGAGAACCUCGUGAUGGCCGUCCGGUUAAGUGACGGGUUGGACCCGCAGCCGGUGGUCGUGCGGCCGAGAUUCAAUGCGGCGGAUGGGGGAGGCCAACAACCUCCAUCAGCCGUUGGAUUCAGCUGGGGGAACGUGACGAUCGAUCGGGUACACGUGUACGGCGACGGGUACACGAUGGUGGUGAUGCUAUGGUUUCUAUCACCCAGUGUGUUUUGUUGA